AUGAAUACGAUCAGUCUCCCAUAUAACUCAAAUGAUGCUCACAUUUGGACAAAUAUCGAUCCAGACCUUGAAUUGAUCGAACCAAGAAUACUCGUCUCCAUCAAUCGGAAUUAUCUUGUCUAUGGCAGAAAGCUUGGUCGGCCUCCACUAAAUCACCAACUGACUAUAGUCAACCAUGGAGAGCAUCCGGUAGCAUUCAAAGUAAUGACCACGGAUAAUUAUGCGUAUUUUGUGAAUCAGGCAUUCGGAAUUAUCCCUGGACGUCACCUUCAUGCAAUUCCACAUGUCCGUGCCCCGAAUCAGUUCACACUGCAAGUAAAUAGACGACCUUACAAUUGCUUUUGCGAUGAGCAACAGCCUUCUCACUGGAACACACCUCGCAAGGACAAAUUAUUCAUUCUGCUGGCAUCGGUGUUUUCAUUCAACAUUCCACCAGCGGCCCUCUUUCAUCAUGAGGGGUGCUAUGAAAAAUUACGAGUUUGCUUAGAAUACACAGGGAUGCCUACGGACCCAGCUAAAGAUGUGUCUCUGAUUUUCAAACGUUUUCCGGGUUGGUGCACUUGGGCUGUAGAGAAGAAAAGAGAGGCGUCGUGGGAGUUGAUGGGGAAAACAAAAGAAGAAGCGAAACGUAUGAUAAUUAACAAGCCAUGCCCAAUCCCAUUGAAGUUUGAAGAAAUUCCAGAACCUCCAAAGGAACAACCGUCAAAGAAGAAGAAAGAAGCAAAGAAAAAUAAGCGCAAAACAAAAGCUGCAGAAUCUGUACGCAGAAUGUACAGUCCUCCUCCAGAAGAAGCAGAACAUGUUUCCACUUCGGAACGACGCGGAAAAUUCACUGGGAAACUUGGUGUUGGAAAAGCAAGUGGCAGGGAAAAACCAAUGAUAUCGUUGAGCGUACAGCUGCAAGAACAAGCAAACAAACAAGCCUUACAUCUCAAAGAAAGAUCAAGUCAAUGGGAAGACGCUCCGACACAAGUAUUCAGUGUUAUAAAACAGCCGAAACCCGAAGAAGGUAGCCGUGCAAAAGCCGUAUCGCAUAUAAGUACCAUGAGAGAUUUGAAAAACCUGAUAUCGCUCAGAAGUCAGCUACACCACCCUAAAGAAGCUAGACCAGGAUCUUCUGAGCGACCUCGGCAAACCGGCGCUUCAUCGAGUGCCGAAGGGCAUUUUAGCACAACUAGCACACAGCGUUCGCGUCCGAGCAGUGCGAAGAUUUGA